AUGAAGAAGAAAUACGAAGGCUCCACAAAAGUCAAACGUGCUCAACUUCAAGCUUUAAGAAGGGACUUUGAAACUCUACAAAUAAAGGAAGGUGAGUCAGUUACUAGCUAUUGUACAAGGGUCAUGACAAUUGCAAACAACAUGCGAGUUCAUGGAGAAAGUAUGGGAUACACCCUUAUCGUUGAAAAAAUUAUACGCUCACUCGCACCAAAACUUGACUAUGUGGUGUGCUUAAUUGAAGAAUCCAGUGACACUGAUGAACUCUCCCUUGAUGAGCAUCAAAGCUCAUUGCUGGUUCAUGAACAAAACAAAAAAAACAUAAGUUCAACAACGGAGGAGCAAGCAUUGAAGGCCUCUUCCAAUACUAAUACUCAUUCCUCAAAUUUUAGAGAAAGGGGAAGAGGUAGGGGUAGAGGAAGAGGAGAACAUGGAAACAGAGAUGUUGACAAGAAUCCAAGGGCAAAUAUUACAAGCAAAGGCAGAGGGACAAAUCCAAGCUAG